AUGUCUUUCCAGAAGCCCGAGAAGGAUUUCGGCGAGGGCCCUAAGGUCCACAAGAUCCGUAUCACUCUUACCUCUCGCAAGGUCGCCGCCCUCGAGAAGGUCUGCUCGGAGCUCAUCGACCGUGCCCGCUCCAAGUCCCUCCAGGUCAAGGGCCCCGUCCGUCUGCCCACCAAGUCCCUUCACAUCUCCACCCGUAAGACCCCCAACGGUGAGGGUUCCAAGACCUGGGACAAGUACGAGAUGCGCAUCCACAAGCGUCUCAUAGACCUGCUUGCCCCCACCGAGACCGUCAAGCAGAUCAUCAUCAACAUCGAGGCUGGUGUUGAGGUUGAGGUUACCAUUGCUGCUUAG